AAACUUGUCUAUUACAUUCGACAAAGCGAAAGUAAGUCAAAGUCCAUGGAGAAGUAAUGUUAUGUAUACCCGGACUAUGUAAAAAUAGAGGUAACCAUGCUUAAACCAAUAUGUCAGUUGCUAUAUGCAAGAAGAUUAUUACAAAGUCUUCCAAUAAUAGAGACCUCAAGCACAAGGUUCAUCACAACCUCAAACUCAACGAAUAAUCGGACGUUCAAAAGUAGUUUCAGAGUGAUCCAAGACACAUCAAUUGAUCCUGUCGAAUCUGAAAGAAAUGAAAAGAAUUAUAAACAGCUAUUAGAUCAAUAUACAAAGCAUGUUGAACUUGCAAAAUCAGGAGGUGGUGAAGCCGCUGUUCAGAGACACACACUGAAACAAAAGAAACUUCUAGCUUCUGAGAGACUCCGGUUGCUAUUGGAUGAUGAAGAGGAUUUCUUAGAGUUGGGGUUGUCAGCAGGCCUAGGGAUGCCAUAUGGAGAUGUUCCGCGAGCAGGAAUGAUAUCUGGUAUUGGAAGAAUUCAUGGAAGGUUAUGCAUGAUAAUUGCCAAUGAUGCUACAGUGAAGGGAGGUACUAUUUACCCUGUUGCUCUCAAGAAACAGUUAAGAGUGCAAGAAAUUGCUGAGCACAACAGACUUCCUACAUACUAUGUAGUUGAAUCUGGUGGCGGCUUUCUGCCUCUUCAGGCUGAAAUAUUUUUACCUGGAGGAAGGACAUUUUAUAAUGAAGCAGUGAUGUCUUCCUUAGGAAUACCUCAGUUAGCAAUAGUCUGUGGCAACUGUACAGCUGGGGGUGCUUAUAUACCCACAAUGGCAGAGGAAGCUGUGAUGAUUCAUAAACAAGGCUACAUAUUCCUGGGAGGACCACCACUUGUGAAGGCAGCUACUGGGGAAGUGAUCAGUGCAGAGGAUUUGGGUGGUGCAACGUUACACUGCAGUGUGAGUGGCUGCACAGAUUAUUUCGCUGAAGAUGAACCUGAAGCUUUUAUGAUUGGUCGAAACAUUGCUGAAACUCUUCCAUCCCAUAACUCCUGUACAUCGGAGUCAAAACCCCCUCUUUAUGAUGCUAAUGAUAUACCAGGGCUUAUUUCUCCAGAAAACAACAUUGAUAUUUACCAGAUCAUAUCAAGAAUCAUUGAUGGAAGCCAGUUUAGUGAAUUUAAAAAGAAAUUUGGGCCAACACUAGUCACUGGUUUUGGAUAUAUUCAUGGGUGCCUGGUGGGAAUUGUGGGAAACAAUGGCUGGCUGUCCGAGCAUGCCGCAGACAAGGGAGCUCACUUCGUACAGCUGUGUUGUGAACGUAAUAUACCGCUGAUAUUUCUACAGAACACCCAGGAUAACCCAGACCCACCAUUGUCAGGGGAAAUGUAUGGCAAUAAACUGAGAGCUCACGCCAAGAUGAUAUCAGCAGUGAGCUGCUCCUGUGUUCCUCUCAUCACCUUCAUCAUCGGUAAUGCCAUCGGACCAACAAGUUACGUCAUGGCAAAUAGAUGCAUGAGCCCAAACUUCCUGUUUUGCUGGCCAAAUGCUGUGUUCUGUAUAGACAAUCCAAAUAAAAUUACUCAAGACCUUCUACAGGCAGGGUCAAGCACUGGGGCAGAUGUUGAGGCAGUAAAGGUCAAGGUCACUCAGAAAAUGAACACAGAGACCACCUCAUUUUAUGCUGCCUCAAGAGUAUGGAAUGAUGGGAUAGUUCUACCUCAAGAAACACGCAAGGUUGUUAGACAGUGCUUGGAGGUUGUGAAUGCAUACAGACAAAGAGACCAACCAAAGGCUCAAGUCAUCAGGAUGUGAUCAGACCUUAGCUGUGAUACGACACUUAUAUUGUUGAUCUCUUAAAAAUCAGUUUAGUUUAAAAUGCACAUAAAUGGCAUUUUCACCUGUAAUUUGUAGCAAUAUGUAAACAGAAAAGAAAAAUCUGAAAUUUACAUCUCAUUUAAUCUAAUAUUUUAUCAAGAUGACUUGUAAAUUAGACAUUUUAUCUGAUCAUUGAGGAAUUUCUCCAUGUACAUGUGAGUUUGUUGUCUAAAGUACAUCCCUAUUCUGAUGUUCUCUUAGAUACAUGCACACACUGGCACCUGACGUUAUAUAUUUUUCUCAAAAUUAAAAGGUAAGAGGUACAUUUUUUUAUGAUGGAAAAAUAUAACGUCAGGUGCCAGUGGAUGUGCACUCUGUCUUGUCCAAGGUGGCAUCUUGUUGUUAUAAACUAACACCUAGCUGCCGAUUAUUUGAUUGUUUGCACUUUGUAUAUUUUUGAUACUCAAAAAAUAUUUAACAAACAUAACAAAAUACUUCUCUUCAGUGAACAUCUUCAUUACAUUUAGUUGUAUAGGAUAGGAAAGGGUGGAAACUGAAUAUCUGAUAUAACUGAAAGUUACUUAGUAACUUAAAAAAGCUCUGUUAACUCUUUAGCUUGCUUGAACUAUGUGGUGAAACAUGAUAAAAUAUUCGUGAAAUUACUGGUGAUAUGGAAGUAAGUUGGUACACAAAAAUAACAAGUUUAAACAAUAAUCCACUUGAUUCUGUUCUCCCUGUUUGGAAUGAUCAAAGUUUUGGGCUCUUUAAGAUUGUUGUCCAGAUAAGCGAUGUGGCCCAUGGGCCUCGAUUUGUUUUUUCUGUGUGGAAAUAGUAAAUGAUUAAAAUAUUAAAAAUGA